GUCUAGGUCUCUAUAUGCUGCCAGUGCGUGGCAGUCCAAAGUGGGCGGGGAUUUCAGGCCGGACCGGAAGAGAAGCGGCGACAACCGAAACAGAGCUAACAAACGAUGGCUGCAAUCAGGAAGAAGCUGGUGAUAGUGGGAGACGGAGCGUGUGGGAAGACCUGCCUGCUGAUCGUCUUCAGUAAAGACCAGUUCCCAGAGGUCUAUGUGCCCACUGUGUUCGAGAACUAUGUGGCUGACAUCGAGGUCGACGGCAAACAGGUGGAGUUAGCGUUAUGGGACACGGCAGGACAGGAGGACUAUGACAGACUGAGACCUCUCUCCUACCCCGACACUGACGUUAUACUCAUGUGCUUCUCUGUCGACAGCCCAGAUAGCUUAGAGAACAUUCCAGAGAAGUGGACUCCGGAGGUGAAACACUUCUGUCCUAAUGUUCCCAUCAUCCUCGUGGGCAACAAGAAGGACCUGAGGAACGACGAACACACACGCAGGGAGUUGGCCAAGAUGAAACAGGAGCCAGUGAAGUCGGAGGAGGGCAGAGACAUGGCUAACCGGAUCAGUGCCUACGGCUGCCAGGAGUGCUCAGCUAAGACCAAGGAUGGAGUCAGGGAGGUGUUUGAGAUGGCCACCAGGGCGGCGCUACAGGCCAAGAGACGUGGAAAGAAGAACGCCUGUAUGCUGUUAUAGACCCCAGCGAGAAGUUGAUACUGAUCUUGGACCAGUUUUACCCUCACAAAAUAUAGUUGUAAUCAUUAAAGGGAUAGUGUGA